CUCUUUGCCCGUCUGCCACCAGGCAUGGAGCACUACAAUUCGGACUGUGAGCCGGAAUAUCUGCGCAAACGCGACCAUCGCACCGAGGAUGCCAGCCAAGCCAGCCAAGAGGUGACCUACGCUCAGCCGCAUCAGCGAAGUGGCGCGGCAGCGGCGCAGUCGCCCCUGAAGGUGGCCACCGUCUCGGCGAGCAGCGGCGGCGCCAUCAAAUAUCCCUCGAAUGCCAACCUGGGCCUGUUCCCCAACAGCAGCAGCAGCAGCAGCACGACGCUGACUGCGGCGCCGCGCAGUACAAAUCCCUUCCUGAACGGCAAGUACGCCGCUGAGGAGUCGCCUCCAGAUGCUGGUGAGGGCAGCGCCAGGGGCGUGGCAGCAGCAGCAGCGAACGCCUAUUUGCUGCCUGCGUCGGCGUCAUCGUCGACUGCGGCGUCGAGCAGUCGCAGCCAGCGCAGCGGUGCAGCGCGCAGCACACUGAAUCGAUUGAGCGGCAUGACGAGCUCCAGCAGCGGCACCUCGGCCCUUUCCGUCAAUCGCAGCGAACGCGCCCAGACGCCACUACAACAACAACAGCAGCAGCAGCAGCAGCAGCAACAACAGCUAACGGUAAAGCAAUCGCAACUGCAGCUCUCGUGCGAUCUGAAUGAAUUUGGGGACAACAACAGCAGCGGCGAGUCGGAGCCACCGCCAGAGCCGGCGCCGCCGGAGAUACCGCCGCGCACUCAGUCGCUGCUGAUGUCCUUGCGCAAGCAUUCCGACUACAAGCUCAAGUACGAGGAAAAGGGGGACCAAAAACACGAGGAAUUCAUACCGACCAGCCAGCUCCAGAAGGAUUAUAUCAUCAGCGAUAAUCUACGCACUGUGGAGCAACAAUUAAAGCCAAUUUCUCCAGGCGAUUCCCAGGGAUUCUUUAAUUAUACCCUAAAGAUAUCUUACUCGGUUGGCUAA